GGGUACGAGACCCCCGACCCGAACCCCCAAGCACCCGGCUGCGGCGGCGCCGUCGCCGAUAUCGGCAGCGCUCUUCCUACCUCCCGGGGCGCGCACGCUGCCACUAACUGCUGUCUCGUCUGUCCUGUCCGCAGCGGCUUCCGCGGCUCGCACCGCCCCUCGGGCUCGGGGCGCGAGCUGCGCCGCUUCCUGCUGUACUCGCUGUACGCGUGGGGCUGCCCGCUGCUCAUCCUGGUCGUGACGGUGUUCGCGCACCUGUACGCCGGCCGCCUGCGCCUCAUCAGCCCCGCCAUGGGCGAGGACCACUGCUACUUCGGCACGGACGAGGCCAAGUACGCCUACUUCUACGGGCCGGUCGCCGUGCUGCUGCUCGUCAACAUGUGCCUGUUCCUGCACACGGCCGUGCGCAUCCUGCAGCUGCGGCGGGAGACGAGCGUGCUCAAGAGCGCCGAGAGCCAGCGGCACAACGAUGAGCGCCAGAGGUACAACGUAUAUCUCAAGCUGUUCCUCAUCAUGGGUGUCAACUGGAUCGCCGAGAUCAUGUCCAUGCUUUUCCCGGACCCCAGCUACCUUUGGCUGCUCUCCGACGUCACCAACUCUCUGCAGGGCAUUCUCGUCUUCAUCAUGUUCGUGGGCACCGGCCGGGUGCGGCGGAUCGUGCUCCGCAAGGGGAUCACCCAGAACACGAGCAGCUACGCCACCAAGACGUCGAGGCUGACGGCGACGGGCAACGGCACGACCACGACCUGCUGCAACGGCAGCAGCAGGGCAUCCACGGGGCCGGGCGCGGUCGUCCCGGCCUCGCCCGAUGUGGACUUCCCUCCCGGCCGCCAGGACCCUGCAACUACUCCCGCUGGGGCAGAUUCAACCGCCCCUGGAUCGCCCAGCCAGAAAGUACGAUCGUCUCCCCUCCUUUAUUUCAGAUUCAUUGGGCAUAUGACGGGAUCUCAACGCCUGCGAGACUGA